AUGUCGUCGUUGUCGAAUCCGGCCAGUCCUUCAUCCUCCGCUUCCUCCUCCACCGCCGCCUUCCCCGCCACUCGACCCGCCGCUACUUUCAGGCCUCAUGCGAGUUCGGAAAAUCUGCAGGCCACUGAGGCCGGCCCUGCACGCGAUCAGCGCUCCGAACGACGACGAUCCACCGUGACUGGGUCAGAUCGGAAAAGAAGAAUGGUUAGCAUGGAGGGGGACGGUUGGCCCCGUCGCACCGGAUCAGAGUCGUGGGCAACAGAAGCUGGCCCAAGUACUCGAGCAGGAAGGGUGGAUAGCAGGUCUCUGCCUCAGCGAUCGUCUCAGAUACGCCCUGCCAUGAUGAUGCCUGGUUCUUCCUUUGCCACACCGAUCGACCUAUCCUCCUCACCGCCGGAGUCGCACCCGUCGAGCACCAAUAACACCCGUCGGGGAUCAUGGUCGCGAGCCCAGGAUAAUUUCGUGGAAUAUACUCGACCGCGGUGGCAGCCCGAUGCUGAGGUCACACACUGUCCCAUUUGCAUGACCGCGUUCAGUUUCUGGUAUAGGAAGCAUCACUGCCGGAAAUGUGGCAGGGUGGUAUGUGCGGCAUGCUCACCCCACCGGAUCACUAUUCCACGACAGUUCAUCGUGCGCGAUCCCGCUCGCUCCCCCGCGGCUGCGUUGGUUCCGCCCCGAGCUGCUGCGGCCUUUCAUUCCGGAGGCGAUGAUUCGGUUCACUCGCCUACGACCUUGAACCCAGCCCUAGGCGGCGGGGAAGAGGUGAGACUUUGCAACCCCUGUGUGCCAGACCCCAACCCAGAGCCGCCGCGUGGGUUUGCGACGGUGCAAAACCCCGGAAGGCCAAGAUCAUCCUACUAUGCGCCGCCGAAUUCUCGGCACCGUUCUUAUCAUUCGCUGUCAUCCCCAACUCGGCCCAGUCUCUAUAAUAGCUUACCGAUUCAAACCGAGCCUCUCGGGACGCGACCUAGCCGGCAGACAGUUGGCGCAACCGAUUAUUCGACUUUGGCGGGAUUCGCAGGCAGUUUUGCCCCACGAUUCCCCGGAAUGAAUUACGCUGCCUUGGCAAGUCCUCGCUUUACAUCUGGAUCGGUAAGCUCGUCCACUCGGCCUCUCCCUUAUCCACCCGCUGGUGGCGCCAGCUCCUUGCCCGCCAUCCCUCACGCCCAUCGAGCUCCGCCUGCACGCCCACCUCAUGUUCGUGAGCAGGAUCUUUGUCCGAUUUGUGACCGGGAGCUUCCGCUUCUGGGAUCCAACGGGGGCGAGGAUGCCCGGGAAGCCCACAUUCGGCAGUGCAUCGAAAAUCAUGGUCGGCCCGGGCGCUCAAGUCCCCAGAGCGGCAGUCCGGUCCAGUCCCAUCUCGCCGUCCGGCUGGUGACCUUCAAGGCUACCGAGAAGGAUUGCAUCGGGCACGAUGGCGGGUUACAGGAGUGCACGAUUUGCAUGGAGGAGUAUGAAGUCGGCCAGCCGCUCGUACGGCUGGAGUGCCUGUGCAAGUUCCACAAACGAUGUAUAGUGGAGUGGUUUGAGCGUAAGAAGGAGUGCCCAGUGCAUAAGGUCUCCUGAGUUCUGGACUCGGUUCUGGAUAUCACUCUUGCUGUUGGCGAAGCAGGGUUCCCCGCGGCUGGCUUUCCGCAUUCUUAUAUAUUAUAUCUUGCUCUCGGCUCUUUUUAUUGGGAAGGCUGGGGCGGUCCGAUUGACUGCCCUUUGUUUAUCGUUUAAGCCGGCGUUGCUUGCUAUACUGUUGCUAUUUUCAUCAUUUGUGGCGAUUCAACUGGUGUUUUGUUCGAUGUCAACGGGCUGCCGGGGUGGGUUCAUUGCGAUUUUGCAAUCUAGAUCGGAAUACAAUCAAGUCGUGUUUGCCU